ACCCACAUACCAAUUACUCUUUUAUUAUUGUGGCUGCAAGACAGCGUCACGGAGAGAGAAGAGAAGGAAGUGGGUGUUGGUGGUUGUCCUCCUCCCUCCUCAUGGGUAUGGCAACCCUCUCCUCCUCUCUUCCUCUUUUCCAUCGCUACCCUAACCCUAACCCUAACCCUAAUCCUUCGCUCUUCCGCCCCUCCCUUUCCCUCUCCUUCUCCUUCUCUCGCACUAAACCCCGUCGUGCCCCCUUUCUCGUUCUCGCUUCCUCUUCCCACGAUUUCACCUCCAACUCCAAGAAAUCAGUGCUCACUGAGUUGAUACAAGAGAUAGAACCUCUGGAUGUUAGCCACAUCCAGAAAGAUGUUCCGCCAACUACAACAGAUGCCAUGAAAAGGACUAUAUCUGGUAUGUUGGGCUUGCUUCCAUCUGAUCAGUUUCACGUUGUCAUUGAGGCCUUGUGGGAACCCCUUUCCAAGUUACUCAUUUCUUCAAUGAUGACUGGGUAUACGCUGCACAAUGUUGAAUAUAGACUUUGUCUUGAGAAAAACCUUGAUAUGUUUGAAGGAGAUAUAGAGAAGCCAAAGGCAGAAAGUACGAAAGUGGACUUACAAGGGUUGAUGCAUGACAGUGUAAAUGUAAUUGACUUUGGUAGAGAUAAGAGCUUGUCUUCUAAAGUUGAAAAGCUUCAUGAGGACGCUGACAUUCAAGAACUUGGUGACAUAUCUGCAGAAGCUCUGCAAUAUAUUUUUAAUCUGCAAUCUCGCUUGUCUUCCAUGAAAAAGGAGCUGCAUGAAGUAAAGAGGAAAAGUGCUGCUCUUCAAAUGCAACAGUUUGUUGGAGAGGAAAAGAACGAUUUAUUGGAUUACUUGAGAUCUCUUCAACCUGAACAGGUAGCUCAGCUUUCCGAAUUUACAUCCCCUGAGCUUAAGGAUACCAUCCUCUUUGUUGUCCAUGGUCUCCUUGCUACCCUUUCUCCUAAGAUGCAUUCUAAACCUUCCACCAUCUCAGAAAAUACAACAGUUGGAGCAACAAAUGUUGGGAAUGAGGAUUGUGCUGAGGUUGUUGAGAACUCUGCUCAUCAAUUUCAGCCUGUUGUUUCAUUAACUCGGGACUAUCUUGCUCGCCUGCUCUUUUGGUGCAUGCUUUUGGGACACUAUCUUAGAGGUCUUGAGUGUCGAUUGGAUUUGACAGAUUUGCUUUCCUUGACAAGUGAUCCUGAGAAUGAUGCUUCUGGCAGUCAACCGAUUACUUGAAUGUGCAUGCUUUUGGGACACUAUCUUAGAGGCCUUGAGUGUCGAUUGGAUUUGACAGAUUUGCUUUCCUUGACAAGUGAUCCUGAGAAUGAAGAUCAAAGUUCGGUGGUUCAAUAUGUAUAUAGACGUGUUGUUUCAACCUGAUUUUUGCGAUACAGACUCAAGUACCAAUCACUUCUGCUAAGGAGUUAUCUUUGCUUACUGAAGAAUAUUGCAUUCCUGCAAUGUACCAAUUCUCGGUCUCUUCUAGUGUUAGAGCGUCGGUAGGAUCGAAGGUGGUUGGCAUGUAGCCAUUUGUUUUGGCUGGGUGAUAAUAUCUUAAUAGAAUAUGGAAAUGUUGUGACGAACUCUGCAGUAACAGUUCUAUUUAAAUAAAACAAUUUAGAUAGGUGAUCUAUAGAUUUUAUUUUCCUCUUAUAUCUCAUUUGAUGUCUUGAUCCGGGUAAUAAAGAGCAAAUAAUUUUAUUAAA